AAUCGUAACUCUGGUGUCAAAUAACAAAUGUGAACUGUGAACUUUAUACUGUGCACAGACAGAACGUGCAUUAUACAAGUGGGCAAACCUUAGCCUUUCAUCAUUUUCUACCGGUAAAGAUAUUAAAGAAACAUGAAGAGUGUUGUAGAACUCCUUGCUACCAUUUCAAUGAUGUUGCCAAAACGUCUUCAUUGGGAAGAAUUUUAUUUAAGAGUCGUUUAUUUCUAUUUGUUGUUGGAAAGAAAAGUCAGGAUUAUGUGCAGAGGUCUCGAAGCUUGGCAGAUUGUAACCAAUACUGUCUUGUUUAUGCUAGCGCUUUGGUUAUUGGUUGAAAUAUUACGUUGGAGUAUUUGGUGGUUAUUCAUGCAAGAUGAAAAUAUUGUUCUGCGAUUUAAGAAAACAACUUUCAAAGUUAUGAAAUUUGUACGAUUUUUCAAUGGAAAAAGGCAAAACGAGCUUGACGUAAAGAAAAACGAACUGGAAAAGAGCGUGCUUAAGCAGAGAGAAGAAGAAACUUACAUGACAAAGUUACCAAAGUUUGGAUCUCCAAAGGAAAAGAUCAUUUGCUCAAUCAACAAUUAUCGGGAACUCGGUAACUUAUCAUUGGAUACGAGCUCAGGUGUAGUCUACCAUGGCGGGAAAGAUCUCACUGAAAUACAAACUGAGGUGUUCAAGAAAUUUGUUUGGUCCAAUCCUUUGCAUCCUGAUAUCUUUCCAGGAGUUCGCAAAAUGGAGGCGGAAAUCAUCACAAUUUGUGUGGAUUUGUUUAGAGGAGGAAAAGACGCAUGUGGGACGAUGACCGCAUCUGGCACAAACAGCAUUCUCAUGGCAUGUAAAACGUAUCGUGAUUGGGCCAGAGAUGUUAAAGGAGUAAAAAAACCUGAAAUAGUGAUGUCUGUCUCAGGUCAUCCAGCGUUUGAGAAGGCUGCGGAAUAUUUUGUUAUGAAGAUCAUCAAAGUACCUGUUAACGAGAAAAAAAGGACUGUAAACAUAAAAGCGAUGAAGAAAGCCAUAACAAGAAGAACAAUAAUGUUAGUAGGAGCAGCACCUGAUUAUACUUCUGGGAUCGUGGAUAAUAUUGAAGAAAUUGCAAAGCUUGGCAAACGAUACAAGAUUGGUGUUCAUGUUGAUGCAUGUUUAGGAGGCUUUCUUUUACCAUUUAUGAAAACAGCAGGCUAUAAGGUUCCAUCGUAUGAUUUUUCAGUCGAUGGGGUGACAAGCAUAUCAGCAGAUACGCACAAGUAUGGCUAUGCUCCACUUGGUUCCUCGAUCAUCAUGUACCACUCUCAAUCCCUCAGACACUACCAGUACCACACCAGUACCGAGUGGACCGGUGGUAUUUAUGCAACGCCAGCAAUGCCCGGAUCAAGGCCAGGAGUUCAUAUUGCUCAAUGCUGGGCCACUAUGAUGCAUUUGGGAAAUUCUGGUUAUACAGACGCAGCAAAGCGAAUCAUUCGCACCACCAAAGUGAUAAGUGAUGGACUACGACAAACAAAGGGUCUUUUCGUUUUUGGAGAGCCAGAAAUUUGUGUGGUAUCCUUCGGUUCGAAGCAGUUCAAUAUAUUUGCAUUGGGAGACGAACUGACGGCAAGAAAUUGGAAAUUAACUUAUUUACAAUAUCCUACGAGUCUACAAAUUUGCGUAACUCUACCAAUGACGAAGUCAGGUGUUGUUGAAAGAUUUUUACGUGAUGUUAAAGAGUGUAGCCAUAAAGUUCUUAAAAAUCCACAAAUCAAGACAACUGAAGCGUUUCAGAGUGCAAUAUAUGGUACGACAGUAAAGAUUUCAAACAAAACCAUGGUGAAAGAACUGGCCAAUCAUUAUUUGGAUAUGGUCUUCUCAACGACGACAACUUUGAAACCACCACAGGACAACGGAAUUUAGUUGUGCUUUAUUGACAUCGAUUUAUUUACAACACAAGCUAUAUCUGUUACAUCAAAUGUAAAUAUCAAUAUUUAAUUAUAAACUAGAUUUACCACUAA